UUACAACGUUGUAUGCUUUUAUACGUAGAACAUCUUUCAUAAAAAUGACUUUGUUACGAAAGAUUAAAAAGCUCUUCACUAAAGAAGACUAUGAUUUCGAUUCGCCAGAUGUAAACUUGAGAAACUUUCAUCCACAACUGUACAUUUACUUAGCAGCUAUGGGCAUUUUCACAAAUAAUCGGGACUCGCGUCUAAGAUUUAUAUUGCCUACAGUAUAUAUUUCAUUUACGUUUAUAGGCGUGGCCUUCGAAAGUAUUGGUCUGUUUCACGGCGUCAUUGUUCAAGACUAUGCGUUUGCAACAGAAAGCUUUUUUUAUUUUUUAUUCUUAUUAAUGGAUCUCACUGUGGUUUGUAGUGUACUUUACAAUAAAGACGAAAUUCUUCAAUUAUUGGAGGAUAUGAACAACGAUUUUAUUUUUAUUCGUACAAUGGAGUCUAAACAUAGGGAUACAUUUAUGGCGGGUCAGUUGUUUAUACACAAAUUAUGUUGUACCUGGCACCUAGUACCGAUAAUCAUUGACAGUUUGUACAUUUCAUUGAUGCUAUGUCCUCUGGUGAUACAGGGUUUAUUUAAUACCGACAGUGACGUAAAUAGACCUCUAAUGUUCCCCCUUUGGCUGCCUGCUGAUGAUCCGUACAGGACACCAAACUAUGAAAUAUUUGUGGUACUUGAAAUUGGUUUUUUGAUGGUUGCAACUUUAUUAUUUGGUGGUUAUAUUUAUUUACUAUUUCACGUCUUAUUACAUUAUUACUAUAUUUUGGAUAUGAUUAUCCAGGAUUUUGAAGUAAUAUUUAAUGGUUUAGACGAAUCAGUGGCGUGCUUACUCCCGAAGGAUCCACUUCGUAAACAAGUACAAUCUACACUGAACAGUAGGAUGAAACGGAUAGUCAACUGGCAUCUCGCAGUAUUUAAGUCUUUGAAAACAGUAUCAUCCGUAUUUGGACCACCUAUAAUUUAUCAGGUGAUGUUCUCUUCAAUUGCUAUAUGUUUAUUGGCUUACCAAGUCGCUGAUAGUUUGGAGCAAGGAAAGCUGGAUAUAAUUUUUGUAAUGUUGCUUUUGGCCUCCUUCGUUCAGGUGUGGAUACCAUGUUACAUUGGCACUUUGCUACGGGACAAAGGAUUCGCAGUGGGCGAUGCGUGUUGGAACAGCGGCUGGCACGAGACUCGUCUCGGCACACUGAUCCGCACCGACAUGGUGCUUGUAAUGCAGCACUCGCAGAAGCCACUUGUAAUAAAGUUUAUAGGGCUGCCACAAUUGCAACUGGAAACAUUCUCUUCGAUCAUGACUACUGCAUAUUCUUACUUUAAUAUGCUUAGGCAAUACAAUUCAGAUUCUUAAAAGUCCCUACACUUAUAUAUUAAAGAAAGAAUUAAAAAAUAUUUUCUACACUUCUUCAUUUUUAAAGCAAUGUGUUAAUAUAAAGGUACAAUUUAAAAUUACACUAACUACACUUAUACGAAACUAUAUUAAUAAAGUGAUUACUUUGAU